UGAGAUCGGCGUGUAGAUUUGGCGACUGAAAUAGAAAAUUAUAAAACCCUAAUUCUAAAACCCCCACUGAUCGCGCGAUUCUUGAACUACCUCAGUGAGUCUCUUUCACAAAUUCAGAUUCCAAAAUCAAAAUCAAAAUCAAAAUCAACCUGCAUUCUCCUCUCCAUUUCUCCUGCUCUGCUGUAUAUAAAAUUAAUGGAUUCCCAAGAUUCCUCCGCUCCUCCGCCACCCCACCACCUCCACCACCACCACCACCCCCAGGCGCCCCCUUUCUCCGCCCACCACGCCAUGUUGAUGGGCCAUCACCACCCCCAAAUUCAACAGCAGCACCCCUCCAACAACUCCUACCUACUGCCCAACACCAACAAUUCCGUCGCCCCAACCACCUCCGUCGCCUCCAACUCCCCCAUGAUGCACCAGCCCCGCUUCCCCUUCAACUCCAUGCCCGCCGCCGCCCCGCCGCCCCAGAAGCCGCUCGAUCACCAGUUCGCCGACGGCUCCCCCUCCGCCAGCGCCGGCGGCUGGUUCAGCGCUGAGCCCGCUAGGAAGAAAAGGGGCCGACCCAGAAAGUACUCUCCUGAUAACAGCAUUGGCCUCGGCCUCUCUCCGGCGCCCGUCGCCCAGAUUUCCCCCGCUGGGGGCCACUUAGAUCCCGGAGGGGGCGCUGCUGGCACGACUCCUUCUUCUGAAUCUCAGGUCAAGCGCCACCGCGGCCGCCCUCCUGGCUCCGGGAAGAAGCAGCUGGAUGCGCUAGGAAAUCCAGGAAUCGGUUUCACACCUCAUGUCAUUACUGUUAAUCCCGGAGAGGACAUAGCUUCAAAGAUAAUGGCUUUCUCACAACAAGGUCCACGCACAGUUUGCAUUUUAUCUGCUAAUGGUGCCAUCUCUAGCGUUAGCCUACGCCAACCAGCGAUGCCUAGUGGCCAUGUCAACUAUGAGGGGCGGUAUGAGAUCAUCUCUUUAUCAGGUUCCUUCCCAACAUCAGAGAGCAAUGGUAGUCGAAGUGGUGCACUGAGCGUGUCAUUGGCAGGGACCGAUGGUAAAGUAUUGGGUGGCGGGGUUGUUGGAGUGCUUAAAGCUGCAUCGCCCAUUCAGGUUGUGGUGGGGAGCUUCAUUGCUGAAGGGAAAAAGCCGAAGGGUAGCAGGCCGUCAUCCAAUAAUAGUCCAGCUCCGAAUAUGUUGACUUUUGGCACUCCGGGCACAGAGGCGAGCCCUCCCUCUGGGGGUGGUUCAAGUGAUUCUGCUGAGGACAACGGUGAUAGCUCUCUGGCUCCCGGGUCAGGAGGGUAUGGUAAUGCUGGUGGGCAUCAGGUGCCGAUGUAUUCGAACAUGGGUUGGCCAAACUCCAACAAAAUGUAAGGCCACCAGGGCUGGCUGGAAACGCUGACAUCCAUCACUAAUAGAGAGAUGCUUUAAUUUAGUUGUUUUCUCAUCUAUGUAGCCUUCCUUCACUAGUAGCUUUAAUACCCUUUACUUUUCUCAUUCGGAUGUGAUGCGUGUGAUUUCUUGCUAAUGGCUUUGCUGAAUUAAUUAGCAUUCUUUUUUAUCAUCA